AUGUCAAGGGGAAAGGAGAUUGUGGCCAUUGCCCUGGUUCUGAUAGGCUGGAUCUCUGCUGUUGUUGCCUGUGUUCUGCCUAUGUGGAAGGUCUCAUCUGUAACUGAAGCUGGUACUGGCAGAGCCCAAACAAUCUUGGAGGGCCUCUGGAUGAGCUGUGCUAUGAAGAGCUCUGAAAAGAUGCAGUGCACAGCCUACAAUUCCACACAGACCAUAACUUCAGACCUGCAGGCAGCCCGAGACAUGACUGCCAUCACCAUCAUCACGGCUCUACUGCCUUUGUCGCUCUCCUUCAUGGGUGCAAAGUGCACCAACUGCAUUAAGGACGAAACACUGCAGGCAAAAGUUCUGAUUAUCUCUGGGGUCUUCUUUGUUAUUGCUGGUUGCCUGGUGAUCAUCCCUGUGUCCUGGAUAAAGAACAGCAUUGUCCAGGAAAGACCACCUAGAGUAUCACUCUACUUUUGCUUUGCAGCUGCUGCCCUGCUCAUCACUGGAGGAGUCCUGCUUUGCUGCACAUGCCCCCCAUGGAACAUGAGGUAA